UAUUUUCUCUCUCUCUCUCUCUCUCUUCCAUUUAAAUCAUUGAAAAAUGAAUGUAAUUUUUGUCGUCAUCGCUGCUUUGUUGAUAUUCAACAACAAUGUUUUGGCUCGUCCAUCAUCGUUGACACGAACAUUUGAUAAAUUUAAAGUUGCCUUCAAUAAAACCUAUAUAUCCGAUUUGCCAUUGGAUGAACAACAACAGACAAAAAUGAACCAAAAUUUGAUGACAGCACCUAUUUGCGAAUUUGAUUCGAACAUGAAUAUUUCUGAUGAAUUAGAUUUACGUUCAUUAGGAACAUUACCACCAAUACGUAUGCAAGGAAAUUGUGCAUCAAGUUGGGCAUUUGCUGCUAUUGCUUCACUUGAAUCAGCAUAUCUUUCUCGUUAUAAUUAUUCACAUGAUUUCUCUGAACAAGAACUAAUUGAUUGUGCAUCACAAAAUGGUUGUUCAGGUGAUAAUAUUCAACGUGGUUUAAAUGAUUUAAAACUUGGUUUUCAUUAUAUGAAUAUCAAUGGUGUUGUUGAAGAAUCUAAUUAUCCAUAUGUUGAACAUAAACAAUCAUGUCAACCAUCACAAGGACAUUAUGUCAUUAAGACUUAUUGUCAAAUUGAGCCACAAAAUCCAUUGAAAAUUCGUCAAGUAUUAACAAAAACACAUACGGCUAUUGCUGCUAUUAUUGCUAUCAAAGAUUUGAAAUCUUUUCAACGUUAUGA